AAAUGCCUUUGCCGCUGCUGCCAAUGGACCUGAAAGGAGAGCCUGGGCCCCCUGGGAAGCCCGGGCCGCGAGGCCCUCCUGGCCCUCCCGGCUUCCCAGGCAAACCAGGCACAGGCAAGCCGGGACUCCACGGGCAGCCUGGCCCUGCUGGACCACCUGGCUUCUCUCGGAUGGGCAAGGCAGGCCCCCCGGGGCUCCCUGGCAAGGUUGGACCACCGGGGCAGCCUGGGCUUCGGGGAGAGCCAGGAAUACGAGGGGACCAGGGCCUUCGGGGCCCGCCAGGACCCCCUGGCCUCCCUGGGCCUUCAGGCAUCACUGUCCCUGGAAAGCCAGGUGCUCAGGGGAUGCCAGGGCCCCCAGGAUUCCGGGGGGAGCCAGGGCCUCAGGGGGAGCCUGGGCCCCCAGGUGAUCGAGGUCUCAAGGGGGAUAAUGGAGUGGGCCAACCAGGGCUUCCGGGGGCCCCAGGGCAGGGGGGAGCCCCUGGGCCACCUGGCCUCCCGGGUCCAGCAGGCUUGGGCAAACCUGGCAUGGAUGGACUUCCAGGAGCUCCCGGAGACAAGGGGGAAUCUGGGUCCCCUGGAGUUCCAGGCCCCAGAGGGGAGCCAGGAGCUGUGGGUCCUAAGGGUCCCCCAGGGAUAGAUGGUGUGGGGGUGCCAGGGGCAGCAGGGGUGCCAGGGCCACAGGGCCCAGCAGGUGCCAAAGGGGAGCCAGGUAGCCGGGGCCCCCCUGGCCUGAUAGGUCCCACUGGCUAUGGGAUGCCAGGAUUGCCAGGCCCUAAGGGGGACAGGGGCCCAGCGGGGGUCCCAGGGCUCUUGGGAGACAGGGGGGAGCCGGGGGAGGAUGGUGAGCCAGGGGAGCAGGGCCCCCAGGGUCUGGGAGGACCCCCUGGGCUUCCUGGAUCCGCAGGGCUGCCUGGCCGCCGGGGGCCACCUGGGCCGAAAGGGGAGACAGGGCCUGGUGGGCCCCCAGGAGUUCCUGGUCUGCGGGGUGACCAGGGUCCUAGUGGCCUGGCUGGGAAGCCUGGUCUCCCAGGUGAGAGGGGGCUUCCUGGGGCCCAUGGGCCUCCUGGACCAACUGGGCCCAAGGGUGAGCCGGGGUUCACUGGCCGCCCAGGUGGCCCAGGGGCAGCGGGAGCCCUGGGACAGAAGGGAGAGCUGGGGCUCCCCGGGCAGCCUGGCCUGCGGGGCCCCUCGGGAAUCCCAGGGCUCCAGGGCCCAGCAGGGCCUAUUGGACCCCAAGGCCUGCCAGGUCUCAAGGGUGAGCCUGGCCUGCCGGGACCCCCGGGAGAGGGCAAAGUUGGGGAACCCGGCUCAGUAGGGCCUACAGGGCCCCCUGGGGUCCCUGGCUCCCCAGGACUCACAGGUCCACCUGGACCUCCUGGGCCUCCUGGUCCUCCUGGUGCCCCUGGCACCUUUGAUGAGACUGGCAUUGCAGGCCUGCACCUGCCUGAUGGAGGUGUGGAGGGGGCUGUGCUGGGCAAGGGGGGCAAGCCCCAGUUCGGGCUGGGUGAGCUGUCAGCCCAUGCCACGCCAGCCUUCACCGCUGUGCUCACCUCGCCCUUCCCAGCCUCGGGAGCGCCCGUGAAGUUCGACCGGACUCUCUACAAUGGCCAUAGCGGCUACAACCCAGCCACUGGCAUCUUCACCUGCCCCGUGGGUGGCGUCUACUAUUUUGCAUACCACGUGCAUGUCAAGGGCACCAACGUGUGGGUGGCCCUGUACAAGAACAAUGUGCCGGCCACAUACACCUACGAUGAGUAUAAGAAGGGCUACCUGGACCAGGCGUCUGGCGGGGCAGUGCUGCAGCUACGGCCCAACGAUCAGGUCUGGGUGCAGAUGCCCUCGGAUCAGGCCAACGGUCUCUACUCCACUGAGUACAUCCACUCCUCCUUCUCGGGCUUCCUGCUGUGUCCCACAUAACCCGUGGUGGACCCUGCCGCCCUGGCCUCCGCCUUCUUAGUGGUAGAGUGACCUUUUCAGUUACAGACAAGCUCCAUUUAAAGGAAGAGGCCAAGG